AGCAGCUUUACCUCCUACAGACAAGGCAAUCCACGAGACUCUCAUUCAACUGGUCAUCUCCGUUUCUCAAUACAGCAUGCAGCAGCAACAGAUACUCAGACUCCUGAGCAUUUUUCUGUUGGUCUUGGAUCCGAGCCAGUGCAGUUCAAUUACCCCUCAGUGCGUGGAGCACACCUAUUGCUCCUCCACGCUGAGAGAGUACCACACACAGCUGAUCAACCUGCCCAGCAGAAUCAACGAACGCAGCGUCGCCGAAUGGAGCUAUUCGCAGAAUAUCGACCUGGACCGAGUGCCACAGAUCAUCUAUGAAGCAAACUGCCUCAACAGCCACUCCUGUAAGGGGAUGGAUAUUUCCUCCAGUCUGGAGAGCAUCCCCAUUGCCAUCAAAAUGCCAUUUCUCAGAAAAAACCCAAGAUGCCCAACUUACGCACUGGAAUUUGAAGAUGUCAACAUCGCCUGUAUAUGUGCAACAUCCAGACAGAAUUAAGACACAGUAUAAGUUUGCAUCCUGUAGAUUCCUAUUUAUUUAUUAGAAUUAUAAGCCAUUUUGUGUUAUUUAAAUUCCAUGUCUACCACAAGUCUACUCAAACUUGAUGGUUAUUUAUGUAAACAUAUAACACAUUUGCUGUAAUAUGCAUGUUUUACGUGGGCGAAUGCUUGUAACUGUGAAUUAGUAAAUGGGUUUUGUUACGAAAAACAAAAGCUAUAUAGGGUUUUCUUCAUUUCCGUGCAAAUAAGUACACAUGAGAAGUCUAACCUGACCACAACCCGACUUCAAAGAAUUCCAUGGUACAUGUCCAGAUUAAAUAAACAGUACUGCUACUGCCAUGGUGCAUACAUGUUCAAAAAGCAACAGUAUAGUCUUUUUUUGCUUGUGAAUCUACAAAGAGCAGGUGUGGUCACGAUUUAAAUCUUUUCAGAUAACUGUAAUUCUAUGUAGGGUAGUAAAGUUUUAAAAGCAUGAUGUUAUAAACUUGCCUUUAGAGAGGAUUUUGGCAAUAGACUGAGCCAGAGAGGGCUUCUCAGCCACCAUAAACAGAGUCCUCAUCCUUGCUGCUGGGCUUGAUUUUUUUUCUCCCCUUAUCUCCCCAAUUUGGCAUGCCCAAUUCCCAAUGCGCUCUAGGUCGUCGUGGUGGCAUAGUUACGAAUCACACUUGCCUCUGCGUCUGAGACAGUCAAUCCGUGCAUCUUAUCACGUGGAUUGUUGAGUGCGUUACAGCGGAGACCUAGCGCGCGUGGAGGCUCACGCUAUUCUACGCAGCAUUUGCACAAUGGGCCCCACCAAGAGAGAGAACCACAGGUUAACCCAACGUGACCCUACCCACCCUAAAAGCCUGACUUGAGUCACUCAGCACGCCCUGGAUUCAAACUUGCGACUCCAGGUGUGGUAGUCCACAUCUUUACUUGCUGAGCUACCCAGAGCUUGAUUAUUGAUCUAACCCAUCUGUCAUAUAUAUCAACAUGCAUUGGAAAUGUAUGAAAUCCCAAAAUAAAAUAUAUUUUUUUCUAAAGAGUAUAAGCGAACUAAUAAGGCUUAUUAAACCAUCAACAGACAACUGACACACCUGUGUUAUAAUAGAUUCAGUUCCUGAGAAAUUUUGUUCCAGUGGGCGGAGCAUACAUGAAUAUUCAUGAAUUAUCCUACUAUUGUCGUGAUUCAGCUUGUUUGAAGGAUUCUGAAAAUGGAUUUAAGUUUUAGUGUCGAAUAAAGUAUGUAUAAAUGUCAAUAUUCUGAUUUUGUCAUUUAACGAGAUUUUAUUCGUUUUGUGUUACUGAAUACACUGAAGAAGGUAUUAUACCUUUAAUUUCACAUGUCUGUAAGUUGUUAUAAUUUGGGGACUCUACAACAACAGUGACUGUAAUAAACCUGCAGAAGUAUUUGUGACUUAAUAAA